AUGUCUCAACGAGUCUCCCAGAUCGCUGGCCACCUCUCUGGUCCCGCCCCUCUGCUCAAGGGCCAGGUCGCCAUCGUCACCGGUGCUGGCCAGGGUAUCGGAGCGGCCACCGCCAAGCUCUUCGCUAGCCACGGCGCCCACGUCGUCGUCUCGGACCUGGACGCCAAGAAGGCAUCCGAUGUUGCCUCCGAGAUCGUCAAGGCUGGCGGCUCGGCCAUCCCCAACGCCGGCAACGUUAUGGACAAGGACUUUGGCGAGCGCGUCGUCAAGGCCGCCGUCGACAAGUGGGGCAAGCUCAACAUCAUUGUCAACAACGCCGGCUUCACCGCCGAUAAGAUGGCCCACACCACCGACGACGCCACCUUCCAGCUCAUGCUCGACUGCCACAUCACCGCCCCCUUCCGCAUCAUCCGCGCCGCCGCACCCUACUUCCGCAUCAAGGACGAGAGCAAGCGCGAGAACAUGGCCAUCGUCAACGUCUCCUCCACCUCGGGCACCCACGGCAACGACGAGAGCAAGCGCGAGAACAUGGCCAUCGUCAACGUCUCCUCCACCUCGGGCACCCACGGCAACGUCGGCCAGGUCAACUACUCGGCCGCCAAGGCUGGUGUCCUCGGCCUGACCAAGACCAUGUGCAAGGAGUGGGGUCCCUUCGGCGUCCGCGUCAACACCGUUGCUUUCGGCUGGAUCAACACGCGUCUCACCCAGGCCAAGGAGGCCGGUGCUUCGAUCGAGAUCGACGGCAAGAAGAUCGCGCUCGGCAUCCCCGGUCGUCCCGCCGCUGGCAACUCCAAGGAGCAGGCCGUCACCGCCGUCGCUGACAUUCCCCUCCGCAGGCCGGGUGAGGUCGAGGAGGCUGCCGCUUCCAUUCUUUUCCUUGCCAGCCCGCUCGCUUCGUACGUCUCCGGUCAGACCCUCGAGGUGACCGGUGGCCGCGGCAUCUGA